AGCCAGGCGGGGCUGCGUGGCCCGGCCGCUUCCUGGUCACCUGAAGAGGAGGCAGGAGCUUAGUGAGGGGGUGGUGGGGUGUUUGGUGGCUCCGGUUUUGGCUGCCGCCAUGGCCUCGCUCUUCAAGAAGAAGACUGUGGACGAUAUAAUAAAGGAGCAAAAUCGAGAGUUAAGAGGUACACAGAGGACUAUAACUAGAGAUAGAGCAGCACUUGAAAAACAGGAAAAGCAACUGGAACUGGAAAUAAAGAAAAUGGCCAAGACUGGUAACAAAGAAGCCUGCAAAGUGCUGGCAAAACAGCUUGUGCAACUGCGGAAGCAAAAAAAUCGAACGUACGCUGUUAGCUCUAAAGUCACAUCCAUGUCGACUCAAACAAAGGUCAUGAACUCUCAGAUGAAGAUGGCGGGAGCUAUGUCAACUACAGCAAAAACAAUGCAAGCAGUUAAUAAGAAAAUGGAUCCACAAAAGACUUUACAAACUAUGCAGAACUUCCAGAAGGAAAACAUGAAGAUGGAAAUGACUGAAGAAAUGAUUAAUGAUACUCUGGAUGAUAUUUUUGAUGCUUCUGAUGAAGAAGAAGAAAGCCAAGAUAUUGUUAACCAAGUCCUUGAUGAGAUAGGAAUUGAAAUCUCUGGAAAGAUGGCCAAAGCUCCAUCAGCUGCCAGAGGCUUACCAUCUGCAUCAACAUCAAAAUCCACUACCAUAUCAGAUGAAGAGAUUGAACGACAGCUCAAAGCUUUGGGAGUUGAUUAGCUUGGUAGCAAUAUACAGUCUGCCUUCUAAUUACUCAGCUGCAGACAGAUGUAAAAAGUGCAAAUACUCCUUCAAUGCUACUGAUGUCUAGGAAAACUCUGAAGCUUCAGAAAUGACAACUUGAAGUUGGUACUGGGGAAGAAGAAGGGGAGAAUACUGUGAAUCAGUUUACAGGGAGAAGUACACUUGAUGUGCCCGUUGCCUGGAGUCUUUUUGAGCACUGGACCAACCAGAGAUGUAAUUCUAUUGAUGAAUUCAAUUAUACUCGAUCUGAACCUGUCCUCUGAAUUCGAAGUUUUCUUCUAACUCAGUUCCUGAUAUAUAUUUUGAAUUAGCUAUUCUGUGGCUGGUGGUGAUGCCUCCUAGGACAGCAUCUAUACAAUAUAUAUAAUUUUAAUUAAAAUAUUGCUGUAGAAAAAGUCUGUUAUCUUAGCACAGGUGAAACUUCACCUUUGCUCUUAGUUGGGAACUAUUUUCUUUUGAUAGGAGACUUAAAAGUCUAGCAAAUGUUGGCAGAAAGAAGCAUUUUAUGUAUUUCUUUCAAGUUCCUGUAGUAACUUUGAGUUGAUUAAAUUAUAGCUGGUCAUUCUUUUUACUGAAAGGAAAGGAUACACUCCUUGUGCAGUUAAUUUUACUGGAAGAAGAUCUAAAUUUGUUAGUGAACUUUGCAUGAAAGGCACUGAUUGAACGCUAUUGUACUGUAACAUAGCUGGCAUUAACAGAAUUGCUGUGCCUUUAUGUAUAUAAAUCUUGGACCUUUGUGAUUUUUUUUUUUUGCUUUUUCCAGAUUGAGUCUUUGAAACUUUUAAUUAAAAUGGUUUCACCAAACACUAGGGUGAGACCUGUGUACACUUGAUGGGACUCAGUGCAGAAGUUAGAAAUGCACUUGUUGAGGAAUGCACUUGCCUACUUGCAAAAAGGCCAUUUGCCCAAAAAAACAUUUGUAUAUAUUUUGCAGUAUCUCUUAAUGGGAAAUAACUGUGCUUAAUUGUAUUAUUUACUAAGAUGGAAUUGAUCACAUUGAUAAGCUAAAUCUAAGUUUUAGUUUUGAGAACAAUUUUGAAUGAUACCUGGUAAUUACUUGUCUAAACACUAUAGUAAAAGGAUUCUGAUUCUGUGAAGGUUUUUCUAUGGUCUCUGAACUGCAUCAGCGUGAUUUCAGCUUUAAGUAGAAGGCAUUGGGCUAAUGAAAUAAGAACUGUUGAUAUUUUAAAUAGAUUACAAAGUCUGAGAAAGCAGUUCCAAGUUUUGACUGGUGGUGUGAAGUCCCAUAGCCCUUACCGGCAGGAGAUGGUUUGCCCCUCGAGUUGUGCUGAUGUAGUAGAGCUGUUCAUUGAACAGAAACAAGAAAAUCAUAUUGGCUUUAAAGAGAGACAAGCAAAAUAACUCCCUGAAGUUAAACCAGGAUUAACUGUGGAGGCCACAAAUUUCGUACAGAGGCUUUGCUGCUAGAGAAAGGAAACUGUAACCUCUAUGAGUCUACUGUUGUUGCACCAUCUGCUCUUUGGGAUUGAAGUCAGCAGAGAAAGAAUAAUCAUAGGUGAUCCUUCAUCUAUUUUUUGCCAUAGAAAUGCAGGUGUUCUUCCUCUUUGAAGGAAGUGAUGGACAAACUAUGAAUCAGUGAGGUAGUGGGUAGGAAUGUGUAAGUUUAUAUAUUGCAUAUAUCUGCUAUGAAGUGAAUUUUUUUUUUACAAGUUAUUUUGUAAGAAUCUAAUAAAAGGCUUUUUAUUCCACAA